GUUCCUCUUCUGUGGAUGGUCCCCACCCCCAUUUCCUCCAGAAGCUUCCUAUUGGCUCCUUCCGGGCUAUAUAGGCAGGUGCAGAAGCCAGAGGGUCCAAGAGCAGGCCCAGCGCCGGGGAUCCUGGAGAUGCUGCAGCUGCUUCUGCCCCUGCUGUGGGCAGGGUCCCUGCAGAAGGAUGUAGAGUACCAGCUGAGUGUGGAGGAAUCGGUGACGGUGCAGGAGGGUCUGUGCGUCCAUGUGUCCUGCGCUGUGACCUAUCCCCAGGUUGGCUGGAACAGCUCGACCCCUGCUCGCGGCUACUGGUUCCAGAAAAAGGAUCAUCCCAAACCAGAUCUUCUCGUGGCCACAAACGAUCAAACCAAGAGAGGGGUGAAAAAAAAGAAGGCCAAAUCAUUCUACCUCUCUGGGGACCCUAGGGACAACAACUGCUCCCUGCACAUCACAGAGGCCCAGAAGAAAGACAGUGGGAAGUAUUAUUUCCGACUGGAGAGAGGCCAUGUGAACCACACUUACCAAAGCAGCCUGCUUACGGUGGAGGUGACCGCGCUGACACAGACCCCCGACAUCCUUGUCAAGGAGCCCCUGAAGGCGGGUUGCCCCAGCAACCUGACGUGCUCCAUGCAGGGGGCCUGUGAGUCCCCCACCGUCUCCUGGACCGGAGCCGCCCUCAGGCCCCUGGGACGGGACCCUGCAGCCUACAGUUCCUCGGAGAUCCUGCUCGCCCCCCGCCCGCAGGACCACGGCACCAGCCUCACCUGUCGGGUCACUUUCCCCAGGGCUAAUGUGAGCACGGAGAAGACCAUCACGCUCAACGUGACCUAUGCUCCACAGAACCUGACCAUCGGCGUCUUCCGAGGAAACCCCACAGAGCUGGAACUCGUGGGAAACGGCUCAUCUCUGCCAGUCCGGGAAGGGGACUCUCUGCGCCUGCUCUGUGUCGCCGACAGCAACCCUCCCGCCACGCUGAGCUGGGCCCAGGGCAGCCAGACCCUGAGCCCCUCACAGCCCUGGACCCCCGGGGUCCUGCAGCUGCCCCGGGUGGGGUCGGGGCAUGAAGGCGAAUUCACCUGCCGAGCUCAGCACCCGCAGGGCUCCCUGCGCGCCUCCCUACAUCUCUCCGUGCGCUACCCCCCACGGCUGCUGGGACCCUUCUGCUCCUGGGAGGACCAGGGUCUGCGCUGCAGCUGCUCCUCCCGGGGCCAGCCGGCCCCCUCGCUGCGCUGGCGGCUGGGGGAGGGGCUGCUGGCGGGGAACCACAGCAACGCCUCCCACGCGGUCACCUCCCGCUCCGCGGGGCCCUGGGCCAACGGCUCCCUGAGCCUCCGCGCGGGGCUCGGCGCCGGCCUCCGGCUCAGCUGCGAGGCGGAGAACGUCCACGGGGCGCAGAGCGGCGGCGCCCUGCUGCUGCCAGGGAAGCCCGAGCUUGGGAAAUCGUUCCUUCUGGGGGCUGUCGCGGGAGCUGGUGUCGCUGGCCUGCUCAGUCUCUGCCUCUGCUUCAUCUUCAAAGUGAAGGUCAGCAGGAAGGACGCACCUGAGGCUGCCGCCGUGGCUGCCGGGGAGGAUGCCCCGUCCCUGCUGGGCCCCACCUCCAGGGGUUACCAGCCUGAGGGCACGCCGCCAGGCAAGUACGGAGACCUCGCGACCCCGGCGGUAGCCGCGCCCAGCUCGGGGGAGGAGCACGAGCUCCAUUACGCCUCCCUCAGCUUCCAAGGGCUGAGGCCCUGGGAGCCCUCGGACCACGAGGCCUCCAGCACCAGCGAGUACGCAGAGAUCAAGAUCCGCGAAUGAGGACCCCCAGCUCCAGCGAGCUGUGGCUGGAAGACCCAGGGCGUCUCUGGGAAGGGAGACGGCAGGGACAAUUCCUGCGAACGAGCCUGCGAGAACUGCAUGUGCGUCCCCCUGGAGUGGGGAUGGGCGGGACUGGGCUCAAAUUCCAGCCCGGUCACCCAUUACGAGCUUGAGCUUGAGCGAGUCACUUUACUUCUCAGUCGCCCCUCUGUAAUGGGGACACAAUAGACCUAACGGGGCAGGGCUGUGGUGGGGAGUCGAGGCAACGGUUACAGCGCUGGACAGGUGCGCGUGCGCACAGCGCCCCGCGCCUGAGGUCACGUGUCUUCCCGGGGCAGCCCGCCUGGAGUGAGGCCCGGGCAUCCUGGCCCAGGUGGGGACCGCUCUGCAGGGCUGUUCCAGCUCCGGGGCUCCCUGAAGGCCUGGGCGAGGCUGUCGCUGGGCGGCAAUGCGGCUCUGUCCCCGCUGCCUCCUUUCCCUUCCCUCCACAGGGACCGCCUCCGGGGCGUGGCCGCUGCUUCCUAGAGACCCCCUUCACAUAUUGUACCACACCCAAAAAAUCAUUCACUAAUUAUCUGAACUAAGUGAUCGGUUAUCCAAUUACCUGCCUCGUUCUUUUAUUAUUUGCCCCUGACGCUCUGGUUCUUAACGGUUUCCUUUUGCAGAGUUUGCUUAUAAAAUUCCUUGCCGUUACAGCCUGUGUUCCAUUUACUUUGUAAUUAGUUUGUACAGUGGUCACAUCCAGCUUGUUUUGUUCACUUUUCUGUUGGUUGCCCAUUUAGUUUUCCCCGUGGUUUCCAUUAAUGAGAAAACGUGCGCGCCAUGAGCCGACACAGUGAACAGGCCCUGGCCGGCAUAACCUUAACCCCCUGGUGCAAAACUGCUGUUCGGAUUCGCCGGGCUGGGAUUCCACCCUCCACGGCACCGUCUGCUUGGCCUUGCCAUGCCUCGGGACUGCGUUCCAUCUCUUAAUCAACGACUUCUGACAACGGUGCCAAAAGGGAAAAGGACUCACG